CACCACUCGGGACUGCAGAGAGCGACUGCUUGCCGGUGCGCUGUGAACAAACCCAAUUGAGCAGUGAGUGUGUUACCGCGUUACCAUGGCACGGGUAACGCUUGCGCUGGCCGUUUCCCUGGCAACUUACGCGGCCUACUACUACGUGCACUUUGCCGAAGCGCAACCGAUCGGAUCGUUGGUACUGGCGGCACCACACUCCCAGCAACAGCAGCAGCCCGGUUCGUCCACCUCCGACGAGGGCACUAUAAAUCAUCUUCAGCAGCAGCACCAACGGCUCAAGGAUACGAACGUUUACCGAGCGAGAUCGAAAAUGCGGCCGCACGAUCGAAAGCACCCUGGCGUAAUUGGUGCCUAUCAAGCGUACCGCCGGACUGUGCAAGGACCACAGCUGAUGCCGCGUAACCCGGCCACAGCGGACCGGUUUGCCGACGAUCCGGCUGUGGACGAGCAGGACCAGAUGCGGUUUAGCUUGGAGGGUUUUCUAACCGGCGCCAGGACGCCAACACUGCUGAACGUUGACGAAGAGGAGGAGGAGGAGGACGAGGAUCAUGAGCAGGGAGGUGAUGGGUUGGUGAAACGGUUCGACGAUUAUGGCCACAUGCGGUUCGGCAAGCGGGGCGGCGAGGGCGACCAGUUCGAUGACUAUGGGCACAUGCGGUUUGGCCGAUAAGCAGGCGGGAUAAAGGGACAUUCGAAGGGGCUUUGGAAGUAGGUGGCGGUGUGUGUAUUUUUUGUGGGAAAAACACUUGUUUGUAUGGUGUACUAGCGCAACAACAACAAAAAAAAACAACUGCAAUUUGGGGUGGCAAAUAAAGCAAAACUUCUCUGUCUGUGUGUG